ACCCAAUCACUCUGGCAUCUCGCGGCGCGACUUCAUCGUUCAGGUACCUAUUGCCAUAUCGAAUCUCCAUCAACAACCUCAACUACGGCGCGCAACCGACACAUUCUUGGACAAAAUUGCUCUCUGCUCUUGCAACGAAAAAAGAAACUACUCCUCACUCUCCGUCCAUCCGAAGAACUGGACUGCAGACUUUCACCGGCGCCUUUCGAUACCCUGCGAUUCGACCAACCUCUACAACUGUCGCCAAUCCUUCACGAUGGCUUCUCCUCCAUACUCGUACUCCCCGACGGCCCUCUCACCACCAUACCCAUCUUCCGCACAACUCCCGAUGUCGAACAAGAAGCGCGCCUCAGAUGGCGCGCCUCCAGGAUCCGCCAAGCGCCGCAAGGCUUCGACUCUUUCCGUCACUUCGGCCGCCGCGCACCCUCUUCGCCAGACCUCUUUCCCUCCCGAAGCCAGAUCGCCAUUCCCGCGAUCACCCUCGGCUGACAACCUGAGCGUCGUAAGCGGUAGUCAGGUCAGCGGGCCUCCGAAGAAAAAGCGCGGCAGGAAGCCCAAGAAUCAAACAAAUGUCGAGGCGAGGGAGCAGACGCCGUCCCUCGUAGGCGGGCGCGCGCCCACGACGGUUAGCGGAACGGGCGCAGGCGCCGAAGGCCAGGAGGAUGGCGCCAAUGAUGAAGACGAUGAUAAUGACAUGCGCAUGGCGUUGGUGGACUCUACAGUCAGGACUCAGGAGCAGAAGCAGGAGGAAAUAAGAUUACGUGCCAUGCUCGUCGAGUCCUUCGACCCGGAACAAUACGACCGAUACGAACAAUGGCGCGCUGCCAAAUUGACAGACGCCGUGGUCAAACGAGUCGUCAACGCGACCGUCUCGCAAUCCGUACCCCCGAACGUCGCCCUCGCUGUCAAGUCGGUAUCGAAGCUCUUCAUCGGAGAGCUCAUCGAGAGAGCUCGGGAUGUGCAGGGAGAGUGGAUCAAGGCCACGGGCGAGAAGCAGUCCGAAGCGCCCACGCCGCCGCCAAAGGACGAGGCCAGCCAGUCUCAGGCCGCGAAAGAUGACCGAAGGGGCCCUCUGCGACCAGACCAUCUCCGCGAGGCCUGGCGACGUUACAAGAUGUCGGGGGAUGGAGGCUGGGCGGGCAUUCAAGGCCUGUGGCACGAACAGCAGCAGAGCGGCGUCGAGAGGUUCCCUGUCCGAACCGGCGGACGGCGCGUUUUCAGGUGAUGCCAAGACGGUGGGUCGUGGCUAUGAUAUGAUAUUGACAAAACAGCGGAGAGGCAGGCAGCAAAUUGCGCACGAAGAGGCUUGGAGGCUUUUAUGAUACCCAUCCUAACCCGAGAGUUAGUUAGCUUAACAGCAAACGGCAAGCAGUCAUCAAUAGAAAAUAUCCAUUUGCACGGCUAUGGCGGCUAUGGACAUUAAUAUUCCCCCGCCAGUGGUGGUGUGAUGCGGGAAUCUCUCGAGCGGCUAUCCGAUAUGUCCAUGAUGAACCGACCA